CAACCGAUAAGGAUUUAUUGGCAAUGACCUAAAUAUAUCAAAACUGUUCAAUUGAACCGUAAAAGUCGAGAAGCUGAGGAAUAUUUUUCAGAAAAUGGCAAAAACGACGAUAGUUUUGUGUUUAAUGGGCAUUUUCUGUAUGAGAUCAGUACAGCCGAAUCCAGUUAGAACGCAUAAAUUGCUAAGCAAAAGCGAGCUGCAUGAAAUAGCGACCAGUUGCUUGGAAGAAGUCCAGCUGAGUGGAAGCAUCGUUUACAAUAUCCUCAAAACGGAAAUUUUCCCCAGAGACAAUAAUAAAUAUCGGGAUUUUUUGGCUUGCAGCUAUAAAAAACAAGGAUUCCUAUCGGAAGAUGGUACCAAACUGCUCUAUGAUAAUCUCUUUCAUUUCAUUAGCCAUUUCUAUGGACCGACUGAAGUGCAGGCACUGAAACAUUGCAACCUAAUUCGACGAGAAGAUCCCGGAUUUUUGUGCUUCGACACCAUGAAGUGCAUAAUCGACGCAUUGAAGCAACUAGAAUUCGAUGCAAAUGCUGACAUUGGAAUUGAAACCAACCAAGUAGUGUAAACCGAAAAAAAACUGGUGCUUAUGUAAAAGUCGUUUAUUUACAUAAUUAUGAAAAUGUACAUACAAUAUCAAUUUGUGUAUAAUAAUAAUACAAAAUAAUACAUUCUGUGUAGAUGAUAAUUGA